AACAACCACUAGGUUUCAGGUAUAGUACGCGAAAUGGUGUUACACGUUGUGGAUUUCAGCUCGUUAGUUGUCAGCUGGCUAGCUAACGUGCUAUGCUAACAUUACAUGUCUGAUGAGAAACGCAAAAAUAGGCCUCGUCCCCGAAUUGGGAAGGACUCUAACGUUAGCUGAAGCCCUAAAAGUGCAGUCAGACGUGUGGGACAGACACUGACUGGGGGAUCUGACCAGGCCAUGGCCAACAGGGGAGGUGCUACGAGACCCAACGGGUCUAAUGCUGGGAACAAGAUCUGCCAGUUCAAGUUAGUGCUGCUGGGGGAGUCGGCGGUGGGCAAGUCCAGCCUGGUGCUCCGCUUUGUCAAGGGCCAGUUCCACGAGUUCCAGGAGAGCACCAUAGGAGCGGCCUUCCUGACCCAGACAGUGUGUCUAGACGACACGACGGUGAAGUUUGAGAUCUGGGAUACGGCGGGACAGGAGCGCUACCACAGCCUGGCGCCCAUGUACUACAGAGGGGCGCAGGCCGCCAUCGUGGUCUACGACAUCACAAAUGAGGAGUCAUUUGCCCGGGCCAAGAACUGGGUGAAGGAGCUGCAGAGACAAGCCAGCCCCAACAUUGUCAUCGCUUUGUCAGGCAACAAGGCUGACCUCGCCAGCAAGAGAGCCGUCGACUUCCAGGAUGCCCGGUCUUAUGCAGACGACAACAGCUUGCUCUUCAUGGAGACGUCGGCCAAGACAUCUAUGAAUGUGAACGAGAUAUUCAUGGCUAUUGCGAAAAGAUUGCCCAAGAGCGAGCCUGCAGCCGCUGGAGCUAACAGUGGGCGGAACAGGGGUGUCGACCUAACUGAAGCCGCCCAGCCAACCAAGGCCCCCUGCUGCAGUAACUAAUGCGAUGCCCACCUACUGCAGCGACUAAUACGACCGAUGCCCGACUUUCGCUGCAGUAAACUAAUGUGACGCUCC